AUGAAUUUGGAUAACGUAGCCCAAUACUCCAGUACCCGGAUAUGCAUGUAAGCAAUCCUCCACUGUCUGUACAGACACAACACACUACACACAAAGGUUGUUGCUCUAUGCUUCUUGCGUAGGACUUUAAUGCACACACGACAAGCUUCAUAAACUAUACUGAAAUUCCUAUUUUCUCCCUCCGGUGACCUGAAAAUGGCAGUCUCUGCCGGCGGCCAGAUAAUGCUCUCGUCUACCAUCCCAACAGGAGUGGCGUGUAGGAAGUGGAGGCUUGUAAAGUUUUGUAAUGGGGAAAUCAUGGGACGUAAGCUUGAGUUACAAGGUGGUGGUGGUUGCAGUGGUUACACUAAGGUUGUUAAGAAACAUAUAUGCAUGUCUCUCACCGCUGAUGUGUCUAGUGAAUCCAAGGUUUAGCUCACUCCUUUGCUUCUCCUCCUCUUUGGCAACGUUAUGUAUAAACAAACGCCCAGUCAAGUAAAAGAAGAUGAAAUUUAGAAUCUUAGUAAGCCAGGUCGGUUAAUAAUGCAUAAUUUGUUAAGAGUUAGUACAUUCAAUGAUGCUGAGUUUUCUAUAUGAUGAAUGGGAAUAUGGGGGUAGCGCAGUUGCGAGACAUAGAUAUGGAAAGAAGGAACCCAAGAACAGUGUUGGCAGUGAUUCUAGGUGGAGGAGCUGGAACCCGUCUCUUCCCUCUUACUAAGCGACGAGCCAAACCUGCUGUUCCUAUUGGAGGUGCUUAUAGGCUGAUUGAUGUGCCAAUGAGCAACUGCAUCAACAGUGGUAUCAACAAGGUGUACAUUCUCACGCAGUUUAACUCAGCUUCACUCAACAGGCACAUUGCACGUGCUUACAACUCUGGCAGUGGAGUCACCUUUGGAGAUGGCUAUGUUGAGGUUCUUGCAGCAACUCAGACUCCAGGGGAGGAAGGUAAAAGGUGGUUUCAGGGUACUGCUGAUGCUGUGCGGCAGUUUCACUGGCUCUUUGAGGAUCCAAGAAGUAAGGAAAUUGAAGAUGUUUUAAUUCUUUCUGGGGAUCACCUCUAUCGAAUGGACUACAUGGAUUUUGUUCAAAAUCAUCGGGAGAGUGGUGCAGAUAUCACUCUUUCUUGUUUGCCAAUGGACGACAGCCGUGCCUCAGAUUUUGGUCUAAUGAAGAUAGACAAUAAAGGAAGGAUCCUUUCAUUCAGUGAAAAGCCCAAAGGAGAAGACUUGAAAGCAAUGCAAAUAGAUACAACCGUUUUGGGCCUUUCGAAGGAUGAGGCUCAAAAGAAACCAUACAUUGCUUCAAUGGGAGUGUACGUCUUCAAGAAAGAGAUACUUCUAAAUCUUUUAAGAUGGCGCUUUCCAACUGCAAAUGACUUCGGAUCAGAGGUUAUUCCUGCUUCAGCUAGAGAAUUUUACAUGAAGGCUUAUCUCUUCAAUGAUUACUGGGAAGACAUAGGGACCAUCAGAUCAUUCUUUGAGGCAAAUCUAGCCCUCACUGAGCAUCCACCCCGGUUUAGCUUUUAUGAUGCAGCAAAACCAAUGUAUACAUCAAGGAGAAACUUACCACCAACAAAGAUUGACAAUAGCAAGAUUGUGGAUUCAAUCAUAUCACAUGGAAGCUUCUUGAAUAAUUCCUUCAUAGAGCAUAGUGUUGUUGGAAUCAGAUCCAGAAUAAACUCAAACGUCCAUUUAAAGGAUACAGUGAUGCUUGGUGCUGAUUUCUACGAAACCGAUGCAGAGGUGGCAGCACUAUUAGCAGAAGGAAGAGUUCCAAUAGGAAUAGGAGAAAAUACAAAAAUCAAAGACUGUAUUAUUGACAAAAAUGCUAGAAUUGGAAAGAAUGUUGUGAUAGCAAACUCCGAGGGCAUACAAGAGGCUAAUAGAUCUUCAGAAGGGUUUUACAUCCGUUCUGGAGUUACCGUUGUAUUAAAAAACUCAGUAAUUGAAGAUGGAUUCAUCAUAUAAUAAACUCGCCCAUGAUUUGCUUGA